AUGCCCACGCUGCAGCCCUCCUCGCUGGUGGACGCCCUGUGGGGCACUCGCACGCACACCGAGGGAGCCCAAUACCAGAAGCCACGGAAAAUCCCGCUGCGCAUAGAGCCCAAAACAUACUUUGCCAAUGAGCGCACCUUCCUGGCCUGGCUGGGCAUGGCCACCACGCUGGGCACAGUGAGCACUGCCAUUGCGGGGUUUGCCGUGGAGGACGCAGAGGCCAAGCACAAGGGCGGCAUCAGCCAGAGCACGGUGGAGCUCAUCACGCUCACGCUGCUGCCCAUCUCCAUUGCCAUGAUUGCCUAUGCCCUCUUCACCUUCUACUGGCGCUCCGAGUUCAUCCGCCGCAAGCAAGUGGGCUUCUUCGAUGACAAGCUGGGCCCCAUCACUCUGGCCGUCAUCGUGAUGAUUAGCCUGACGCUCAUCAUGCUUGCGGCCAUCAAGGACUUGAUAACAAAUCACAAGUAG